AUGGCAAAUAUGGCACUUAAAUCGGUUAAGCGAAUAGUCACGCCGCUAGUUAAAAUAUCGAGUAUCUUCAAUUUUUGUCUUUUUAGGUUAACAAGUGCAAUUUUAAGUGAACGCACGGUACAAGAAUUUGGCAAGGAAUGGUUUAAAAACUUUGCAUUUGUAAUGGGGUGUAUAUUAUUCACCGCCUUGGUGAAUUACAUUCCUCGCCCUGAGCAUAUCUUUUACAAGUUUUUAUACCGGUUUGAUACUUAUUUUUUUGAUGUUUGGAAGCAGCCCGUUGGGUCAAUAACUGGGUUAAUUUUGACAUGUCUUGGCUCGUGUAUUCUUUACCAUGUGCACUAUAGAAUCGACGAUGGUUUGAAACUACCUCACCAUCAUCAUCAUCAUCAUCAUUCGAACCAGAUAUUCAAAUUAAAACCUUUGCAGAUUUCCACGGUAUUGACUAGCCGUGCCAGUGGCUCUGUUGUUAGUGGUUGUAGUGGUGGCGGCGCCAGUGGCUCUGCUGUUGGUGAUUGUAGUGGUGGCGGCGCCAGUGGCUCUGUUGUUGGUGGUUGUAGUGGCGGUUGGGGUGGUUGUGGUGAUGAAUUAUCGUCUGCUAUUAGUUCGAGACCGUCUACUUCAACCACUGGCUCCUCCACAUUAUCUCCUUUAAGUGACAUAAAUAACAACUAUAUCAUCCCUGACGAGGAGAUAUUUGAACUAAGCUCAAAAAUAAAUGUCGACUACUUUGGCUCCCAGAUUGUAUCUGGCGACAAAUCAACAAUACAAGAUUAUUGGAGAAAAAUGCCUGCAAUACUACUAUUAUUGGCAUGGUUUAUCUUGAACAUAGUUUACAAUUUCAAACACCCAGUUUACAAGACCAAAAAUAUCGUCGCGUGGGUGUUUCAUGUUCCCGUCCACUUUAUUGUGCCACCAGUUGCUGGACUUUGGCUAUAUAUAUGGCAUGCGCCAGGAGCGCUUCAAUUGUUGACUUUAUGUUUGGGAUUCCAGAAUUUUGCAUUGAUCUUAACCUAUUUGGUUUUCCCCAAUGCGCCACCUAGUUUUAUUAAACUAUACGGCGACAAUAAGGUACCAACAUUUGAUAUGAUUUACAGUGAUGGUCAAGCUUCAGAGGACAAAAAAUUUUCAUUCUUGCUUCAUAAGGCAAUUUACUAUGCCACCCCACACAAAUUUGCUUCUUUCCCAUCAUUACACUCAGCAUUUGCCUCUUUGAUUUGCUUUUUUGUAUGCCACUAUUCAAGAUGGUCAUGGUUUAAACUUUUGAGUCUUGUUAAUGUAAUUGGACAAUGGUGGGCCGAAAUAUAUCUAGAUCAUCAUUGGAGAAUCGAUAGCUUGGUUGGAUUAAUCUAUGCCAUUAUUAUAUGGACAUUAGUGAAGGAUUGGUAUAAAAGCUUAGCUGAAAUCGAUCUCAAGUUUAGUAAAGCAAGAGCCUCUGGUGAUUAUGUAAAUGGAAGUACAAUGGGUAUGCGUUUAUUUUGGGGAACAAGACUACAAAGCUUUUUUGAUCCACUAGCUUAG